CUGUGAAGUUCUGAAGAGAAUCUGUUCAUCAUGGCAAGAACUAAACAAACCGCCCGCAAGUCCACCGGUGGAAAAGCCCCGAGGAAGCAGCUCGCUACUAAAGCCGCACGUAAGAGCGCUCCAGCCACCGGUGGAGUCAAGAAGCCUCAUCGUUACAGGCCCGGUACCGUAGCGCUGAGAGAGAUCCGCCGUUAUCAGAAGUCCACUGAGCUGUUGAUCCGCAAACUGCCUUUCCAGCGUCUGGUGAGAGAAAUCGCCCAGGAUUUCAAGACGGAUCUGCGCUUCCAGAGCUCCGCCGUCAUGGCCCUGCAGGAGUCCAGCGAGGCCUAUUUGGUCGGUCUCUUUGAGGACACAAACUUGUGCUCCAUCCACGCCAAGAGGGUCACCAUCAUGCCUAAAGACAUCCAGCUGGCCCGCCGCAUUCGUGGAGAACGCGCUUAAAUCCUCAGCGGCGUCCCUCACAUCUACCCCAAGGGCUCUUUUAAGAGCCACAUCAAUUAUACCCAAAGAGAUAUUUUCCAGUAGUUAAUAGUUUUUGAUGCUAUUGACCCAAAGUAUAUUUGACGGUUAUGGACCAGAGCUCGUAACACUUCAAUGCUAAAAGCCAUAAAAACAUGAUUGAAUAAUAUUAUUGUAAUGGUUUCCUCUUUACUUUCAGUUUAACUGGCAUUGAAGGUGUCUCGUUCUUGUCGAAUGUGCAAAUAACAAUAUAACCUCAAUCUUGAUGUUGAAUUACAAAUAUAGAGUACUGCCUUUAACCACAGACGUACAGUAACAUCAAUGUAAAUAUAUUGGCAGCUGGUCAUAAUCAGAGUCAGUCUGAGCAAAUGUAGGAUUUCGUCUGUGAAUGACAGCAGGGUAGUUUUUAGGUUCAUUUAG